AUGACCAUCGACUCUCUCGUCCUCGGCGCUGGGCAAGAGGUAGGUAAGAGCUGUGUAGUGGUGACAAUCAAUGGGAAGCGAAUCAUGUUCGACUGCGGAAUGCAUAUGGGGCAUCUAGACCACCAACGCUACCCCGACUUCUCUCUCAUUCCUAAACCCGAACCGGACGCGAACUUCGAUCACGCCCUCACUUGCAUCAUCAUCACCCACUUUCACUUGGAUCACGUUGGAGCCCUCCCUUAUUUCACGGAAGUCUGCGGUUAUCGUGGCCCCAUUUACAUGACGUAUCCGACAAAGGCAUUGGCUCCUAUAAUGUUGGAGGACUAUCGAAAAGUGAUGGUUGAGCGAAGGGGUGAGGAAGAACAGUUUUCUUCUGAUCACAUUGCCGAAUGCAUGAAGAAAGUUAUACCAGUGGAUCUGAAGCAAACAGUGCAGGUUGAUAAAGACCUUCAAAUCCGUGCGUACUAUGCAGGACAUGUUCUUGGAGCUGCAAUGUUUUAUGCAAAGGUGGGAGACGCUGCUAUGGUAUACACAGGAGACUAUAAUAUGACGCCAGAUAGGCAUCUUGGAGCAGCUCAAAUUGAACGACUAAAUUUGGACCUUCUUAUUUCAGAGUCCACAUAUGGAACAACCAUCCGGGAUUCAAAAUAUGCCCGGGAAAGAGAAUUUCUCAGAGCUGUUCACAAAUGCGUUGCUGGUGGUGGAAAAGUGCUAAUUCCAACAUUUGCUCUUGGGAGAGCUCAGGAGCUCUGUAUCUUGCUGGAAGAUUAUUGGGAGCGCAUGAAUCUAAAGGUUCCUAUUUACUUCUCAGCAGGAUAUGUGGUCAAACUGUAUGCUAUGCUCUCAGGUUUGACCCUUCAAGCCAAUAUGUACUAUAAGAUGCUUAUCAGUUGGACCAGCCAGAAAGUUAAAGAAACGUAUUCCACGCGCAAUGCAUUUGAUUUUAAAAAUGCUCACAAGUUUGACCGUUCUAUGAUCGAUGCUCCUGGACCUUGUGUUCUGUUUGCCACACCAGGGAUGAUCAGUGGUGGUUUUUCACUUGAAGUUUUCAAGCACUGGGCUCCUUCGGAAAUGAAUCUUGUUACACUGCCCGGGUAUUGCGUGGCUGGAACUAUAGGACAUAAAUUGAUGUCGGGUAAACCCACCAAAAUUGAUCUGGACAAGGACACCCAAAUUGAUGUGCGAUGCCAGAUUCAUCAUCUGUCUUUCAGUCCUCAUACAGAUGCCAAAGGGAUUAUGGACCUUAUCAAAUUUCUCUCCCCCAAGAACGUGAUACUUGUUCAUGGCGAGAAGCCUAAAAUGGCUACUCUAAAAGGAAAAAUACAGUCCGAACUGGGAAUUCAAUGUUAUGACCCUGCAAACAAUGAGACUGUGUCAAUUUCUUCAACCCACUAUGUGAAGGCAUUAGCUUCGGACGCAUUUAUCCGAAGCUGCUCAAAUCCGAACUUCAAGUUUUCGAAAAGCAGCCAAGAAGAUGAACACGGUUCAAAUUCGAGAAACAAUAAUUUCACUCCCCGACUGCGAGUAAGUGAUGAAAGGGUAGCAGAAGGGGUCUUGGUUAUGGAGAGAAACAAAAAAGCCAAGGUAGUACACCAAGACGAGCUUCUGCUUAUGUUAGGAGAAAAGAAGCACCAAGUUCAAUUUGCUUAUUGCUGCCCUGUUGAUAUUGGCAACUUGGGAGACACCAAAAGUUCAACAACAAAUGAUGGUCAGCUUUGCAAAUCUGAGACAUGCUCUCGGCUUCUUCGCCAAUUGUCUGCAAAACUGUCAAAUGAAUUUUCUCAAGGGAACAUCCAAGAUUUUGAGGAUCAUCUUCAAGUGGAGUCGUUUCAUGUGUCCAUUUGUUUGAAGAACAACUGCCCUUACAGAUUAAUGGAUGUUCAAAACAAAUCCCAAGAAGCAGCGUUUUUCUGCUGCAGUUGGGGGAUGGCAGAUGAGAAGCUUGCAUGGAAAAUCAUUUCCAUCUGUCAAAAUUUUAACGUACAUCAGCAUAAACAAGGGUGUCUGUAG